GCUUCAUCACAUCUCCAGGGUUUGGUCCUGAGCUCAGUGCAGAGUUUCUGUGCAUGUUCUCCUUGUGCUUACAUGGGUUACAGCCGGCUUCUCGGGUCCUCAAUCCUCCCAAAAACCUGCUGAUAGGUGAAUUGUCCAUGCUUAAUUGCCCCAGGUAUGAAUGCGUGUAUGAAUGCGUGUGUGUGCAUGGGGCUGUGCAAUGGACUGGUAUCCAUCCUGGGUGUAUUUCUGCCUCUCGAUCUACCACAACCCUGACAGGAUAAAGCGGAUACUUAACAUGAAUGUACGAGUGAGUAGACCUGCACUUUUUAUAUUUCUCCUAUCGUUUAAUCAGGUUUUCUUUAAUUUGUCACCGGUCUGUCUGCAGAAUACAAACAUACCUACAGAAGGAAAAAAAAGGCCUACUUGUGCUUUCUUACACGACUGUAGAUGAAGAUGAAAUUUUUAUGAAUCAUUUUGACUCAUCUGAGUGAGACAAAACCAGGUUACCCUACUGAAAAAAGCAACAACAAAACAAUAGAAAUCAUCACAGAAAUUCUAAUGGUUUCCACUACAGAUACAAUUACAAAACAUCAGCUAAUCAUUAAAACCUUACCAUCACCAUUAUUGGUCCUUAAUGGUAUCCACUUGACAUAACAUGCCUAACAUAGAAGGCAACAAAUUACCAGUAGAGACCCACAGGGACCAUUCCAGUUUCCAUUAAACCCAAUACAAUUCCCAUUAUAACCAUUAAAACCAUUACAAAUUCUAUGAGGGUUCUAUUGUUUUUAUCAGCAGGAGUUAGGUUAGUUUUGUCCAUGUGUAGCAAGAUGCUAAUUAUAACAUAGGUAUUUUGGAGGUUAAACUAAGUAAAAGGUACAGACACACAAGGAAAAUAAUUUAAGAUAAUUACAGUAGACACACAAAUUUACCUUGAUAAUGACUGAAUGUGUAAAUGUUUUUUUUUUUUGUUUUUUUUAAAAAGCUAUUAGCUUAAUUUGUGUAAAUGGCGCAUGAAUGUUACUUUAAUAGGCUAAUCCCCAAAACGACAUUUUUAAACCGCACCGCUAACCUUCUUAACUUUUCACACCAGUGCUGAGAAUUUGUUUGGCUAUCCAUGUAUUCAACCCGAUUUUCGGCUACAUUUUCUCCAAAACUCGGGGUGCUUUUAGUGCCUAAUGAACUUGGUGCUAAACUCGUCACGCUCUUGCGAGUGUGUAUUGUAGCGUGUGUAGCUAAACGGGUUCCCAAUUCGUUUGAAAGCCACGUGAAAUUAUUACAAAUCCAGGUUGUAAUUGGUCUGUUAGCAGUUGAUCUGCCUGAGCCCUUAUGACAAAUCACCCGUAAUCCCUUUAAAACCCCGUCUCGGAGAAUGAACCGAAACUCGUCGAGGCUCGCAUUUAAAAGCGCGAGCGCUUGUCCGCCCUUCCUUCAUUCGGCACGGAGCUUGGCAAGACGCAACAUGGACACGACAUGUUUCAGAGGAACAGCACAUUUUCCACCAAGAGAGCAACCGAAGAGCUUCAGUAUUGAUUGGAUCCUUUCUUCCGGACACCGAAAGCCAGCUCUCGACAGCCACAGCGUUUAUACACAACCGAAAAUUAUUAUGCGCGGAGCUUUAUUUCCAGCGUUAACAAACAGGCCUUUUGUUGCUGCCUUCGGAUCCGCGUGCGUUUACGCGCCGCACUUUUCCCAUCGCCAGAGUGCUGCAUACAGACACAGUGAGACGCGGCAUCAUGAUGGGCUCCACGCGGUUGAUUUGACGUGUACCGGAGAUUUUGGGCUGAAGACGUGUCGGCGGAUCCGCACAGUGUUCAGCGCGGAGCAGCUGCAGAAGCUGGAGGAGGUUUUCGCUAACCAGCGCUACAUGACCGGCUCGGAGAAAGUGCUGCUCGCCUCGGCGCUGCGUCUGACUGAAACACAGGUGAAAGUGUGGUUUCAGAACAGGAGGACUAAAUGGAGGAAGAGCAGAGAGGUGGAGGAACGACCGAAGGACCAGUGCAGUGACUUAAAGCAUGAAACAUCCGUGACAGAAGACGGACAGUUCACAUCUGUGGACAGUGGCGAGUCUCCUGAAACGUGAACACGGCAAGCACGAAGUCCAAGUUCCAUACACAGACCACUGAAUCUCUUACCAUUCUUGUUAAACAAGAAAUUAAGGCACCAUGUCACUAUGUGGCGUUAUAGCUAUUAAUGUUUUUCUUUCACAAUAAAAAUAACCAAUGUGUAGGCCCUAUAGGGGUUCCCAGCCCCCCCCCCCCCCCCCCUCCAUUUUAUGCAUUGUGUGAUAAGGUGUGGACUUUUUCCUCUUUAAAAAAUAAUGCUGUUUAGGUCUAGCUAUGAUUUUCAUUGAUUGUUUAAUUUUGAAUUUUAUGUUUUAUUAUUACCAUUAAGUGAUAUUUUCCUGAAUGCUGAAUGUAUCUGAGCCAGUUUAUGUG